AUGCGAGACAAGGCUUCGGAAGUGAAGCUGUCCCCUUUGUGGGAGAAGGCUCUGGAGAGCUAUCAUGAAGACCUUGUCGCCGACGAUGACUUCCGAAUGAUACUGAAGACUGGUAGUCUUGAGGAACUUCUCGCCGACAACCAGAUCUUGCAGCCGUUUGGGCCGCAGGGCAGAAAGGCAUUGGACUCUAUGAAUCGAUUAAAACCAACCUUCAAAUUGCUGAAUGAUUUCUCGGUUGUACUGGCAGUCUCCUUUGGUGCAGGCACCGCUGUGACAGCGGUAGUAUGGGGUAGUAUCCGAAUGAUUCUUACGCUGGCAUCCGCAGCGGACAAUACUUUACACGAAGUCUCAGAUAUGCUGGAAGAGCUGAGCCUGACACUACCACGCCUCAAACACUACGAAAGAAUCGUGUCGAUGGACUCAGAGAUGGAGGCGACCCUUCUUACUGUUUAUCAAGAGGUCAUUUGCUUUUAUGCUCGUGCGAUUCAUUUCUUCCGGAGCCACAAACACUCGUUCUUACUACGCAACGCAUGGUCAGAGCUCCGCGAUGAUUUUCAGAGAACCGUUAAGCGAAUCAAACGUCUGUCUAGCGCCAUCGAAAGCGAGGUUGAGCUGAGCCGAAUGCGAGUGGAUAACCAAAAAUACCACGAGGUCCUCAAUUUGAUGGCGAACUUCCACCCUCAACGUCCAGAGGCCGCACCAAAAAUUACCCACUACAUACCUUUUACAGAAAACCCCCGCUUCUGGGGCAGAGAGAAUAUCCUCGCCCUUAUAGAUGACGCUUUAUUAGCAGAUUCCCGCUCCCUGCGAUCAUUUGCAUUGCACGGUAUGGGGGGCGUUGGGCAGACACAGAUAGCGCUGAAAUAUGCCAAUGCAUCGCGUGAAAAAUUCGAUUGCGCUUUUUGGAUCGCAGCUGAGAACUUGGUAACUAUCGGACAAAGCUUUCGGGAAAUUGCGAAGAGACUUGGCUUGAUCAAACCUGAUACGGAGACGGAUGAUAACGCAGUCAUGCUAGAAGUAAAGCAGUGGCUAUCAUCUACAAAGAUACGUUGGCUUCUCGUAUACGACAAUGCCGAAGAUUUAAACGUCUUAAAACACGCUUGGCCUGCAGCCUCUACUGGUUCUGUGCUGAUAACCAGUCGAGAUUCAACCGCAGCUUUUAGCCUUGCUUCUGGUGGAUGCCAAGUCACACCUUUCGAUACGGACACCGGGUCAGCAGCAUUACUUAAUAUUCUUGGGCUAGACCUGGAGUCAACGAUUCACCAAGGAGAAGCAAAGGCUAUCACCUCAACGCUCGGUGGUCUACCGUUAGCCCUUAAUCAGAUCGGUGGAUUCAUUGUUCAGAGAAAAAUACCUCUCGGGAAAAUUCUCGCAUUAUACACGCGAAACUCGACCAGCGUGGAUGCUAAGGGCAUGAUGAGCAUGGAUUACAGCCACACCCUGGCGACCGUCUGGGAGAUGGCUUUAAGUCAACUCUCGGGGAGCGGCACGGUCCUCCACAUGAUCCUCUCUUUCCUAGAUUCUGACUACAUAGAUGAGUCACUCUUGAAAGAUGGCGCUCUUCAUGUGGAUGACCCCACUCUGGAGUUCAUGAGGGAUGAGAUAGAUGCCGACGUUGGCCACCAGGUCGCCUCCUGGACCUAUUGCGAGAGGAGCUUGCCCCACAUUGAAAGUAUCGUGAAAAAGAGUGAAGAAUUCAAGAUCUUUGAGAAUGCGAACCAAUCUUUCGCAGAGCUACUACUUCGCUGUUCUUGGUACCUUUACGAGAGAGAAAACUACAGCAUUGCCCAGUCAUACAUUGAUGUAGCGCUGAAAAAGUUUGCCAGUAAGGAUUCUCUUGCGUACGCGAGUGCAACUGAUCUUCGAGGUCUGAUCAACCUCGAUAUCUGCCAUCCUGCAGCUGCCCUGGAGGCUUUCGAAGAUGCAUACAAGAUACGCACAGAGAUACUUGGCGAAAACCACUCCUUUCUAGCCGCCAAUCAGGUCAAUAUAGGUCUUGCGUUAACAGAGCUGGGCGAGCUUGAAAAGGCGCAGGACUAUCUUCAGCAGUCAAUAAACAUUCGGUUGAGGCACAACAGCGACAGAAUAGGAAAUUCAUAUAGCAAUAUGGCCAGCUUGUUACUGAGAAUGGGGCAGCCUGACCAAGCAGAAGCUAUGCUUAAGAGCUGUCCAUCCCUGAAAGACUUCUCAGAUGAGACCUUUCUCAAGGCCGGAAAUCCGAGGUUUUCUGGGGAUAUGGUUCUCCUGAGCAGAAUUAGAUUCGCGCAGGGACUUCUCGAUGAAGCACUCAGAUUUGCUUCCAAGGCCCUGAGCUUUCGAAAGGAAUGCUUGGGCGAGUGCCUCAAAGUCUGUGACUCGCUCUACCAGUUCAUGAAGCCGCCACAAGUAUUGACAUUCAACGGCCAACUUCUCGAAGAGUGCAUCAGGAUAUCAGAAGGGCUCCCACUAGUUGAGGGCAUAGGACAUUUGGCUCGGGCGAACUAUAAGCUAUCGCAGGUUCUGGGAGAUCUCGGGAAGGACAAAGAAGGCAUGAAAUAUCUCGAGAGGGCGGUUUCGCUUAGAAAAGACCUCAGUCUUGAUGGAGAUUACGUUCUAGUGAAUGGGGCUGCAUCUGAUUUUGAGGAUCUUGUCCCGUGGAUGCUGUGGUGA